AAUUUACCCUUAUUAUCUUAUUAACAAAAUAAAGCAAUACCAAGAAAUACUACUGUGAGUUUGGAGUGGCAUAAAAGGCAUCUCUUGCACAUUAAGUAAUGUAGCACCUUUUCACUUUAACCCUAAUUCCAAUUCACUCCUAUAACUCAUCUUUCUCUCUACCAAUUCAAAUCUCUCUUCUUCCUUCCAUUUUCAUCAACCCCAUUAAUUCUUAUAAUGUGAGCAUCGAUCCACCAUUUCUUGAUUGUAGUACGUUUAUUAUAUAUCUAUAUAUAUAUCAAUAUUGUAAUGGCUAUUGUUCGGAAGCUUGUAGUUGAGGUUGUUGACGCGCGGAAUCUUCUACCGAAAGACGGUUAUGGCACAUCGAGUCCCUACGCGAUUCUUGACUUCCACGGUCAACGGCGGAAGACCAGGACGGCGGUUCGUGACCUUAAUCCUACGUGGCACGAGACCUUGGAUUUCAACGCCGGGAAAACAUCGGAGGUGUUCGGUGACAUGCUUGAGAUCGAUGUUUUCCACGACAAAAACGUGGGGCCCACCACUAGGAACAAUUUUCUCGGCCGCGUGAAGCUGAAUUCCCGGCAGUUCGUCAAGAAAGGCGAGGAGGCCUUGAUAUAUUACCCAUUGGAGAAGAAGAGUUUCUUCACUUGGAUACAGGGCGAAAUCGGUCUAAAAAUUUACUUUUCCGAUGAGAUUGUGCCGCCUCCUCCUCCGGCGGAGGAGGUUAAACCUGAGCCAACACCACCCGCCGCCGUCGAACCUUCACCCCCAUCUUCCGAGUCAGCAGCGCCACCACCAGCUUCUGAUCCCCCCGCCGCUGAACCUAAAAAUAACGAAGCGGCUUCACCAGCUCCUCCGGCAGAUUCCGGCGAGAAGCCGAAUGAAGAACCACCGCCCGCGCCGCCUGCGCCGGCGGCUGAAGCAGUAGCACCACCCCCUAAGGAAAUUAAUCCAGCACCUGGAAAUGAAAAACAAGCUGACUCGGAUCAAGUGAUGAUGUCAUCAGUAUCUACAGUACCAGCUGAAGUCAAAGUCAACAGCAUCAGCGGGCCCCAGCCAAUCAGCCGUGUUUCGUCAGUGAGCAGUUUUUCACCGUCCGAUCAAUCCGACAGAUCGUCAAUCGAACGGUCCUCGUUCGAUCUAGUCGAGAAAAUGCAUUACCUCUUCGUCCGGGUGGUGAAGGCCCGACACCUCCCCACCGCCGGCAGCCCCGUCGUGGAGGUGGCCGUCUCCGGCCGCCACGUCACCUCAAAGCCAGCUCGGAAAACGGCGUUCUUCGACUGGGACCAAACAUUCGCCUUCAGCCGCGAUUCACCAGAUUCCUCCACCAUACUCGAAGUAUCCGUUUCGGAUCGGCCCAGUGGUCAGGGUUUCCUCGGCGGAAUCUGCUUCGACGUCGGCGAGAUCCCCCUGCGGGACCCGCCGGACAGCCCGCUGGCCCCACAGUGGUACCGCCUCGAAGGUGGUGGGGCCCACAGAGGUGACCUCAUGCUCGCCACGUGGAUAGGCACCCAGGCCGACGAAUCGUUUCCCGACGCCUGGAAGACCGACGAUGUAGGCAAUCCGAAUUCCAGAUCUAAGGUGUACCAAUCGCCUAAAUUGUGGUACCUCAGAUCGACGAUUAUAGAAGCGCAGGAUAUCUCCAUGAAAAUGCCCUUCCGAGAAUCGUGCUUUCAAGUCAAAACCCAACUAGGGUUCCAGGUUCAGAAAACGAAACCGGUUCUUACAGCCACCGGUUCGCCGUCCUGGAACGAGGAUCUCAUGUUCGUCGCGGCGGAGCCCUUCACGGAGCACAGCCUCGUAAUUUACCUGAUGGAAAACCGGCCACCGAAGGAGCAGGUCAUUUUGGGCGUCGCUACAGUGCCACUCGCGUCCAUAGAGCGGCGCGUGGACGACCGGAAUGUAGCGUCGAGAUGGUUCACUCUGGAGGAUCCGAAAGAAGAUAAGCGGGUCUACAAAGGUAGGGUCCACCUGAGGCUGUGCUUCGACGGUGGGUACCACGUGAUGGACGAGGGGGCCCACGUGUGCAGCGAUUACCGCCCCACCGCGAGGCAGCUCUGGAAACCGCCCGUCGGCACGGUCGAGCUCGGGAUCAUAGGGUGCAAGAAUUUAUUGCCGAUGAAGACAAUCAACGGCGGCAAAGGCUCCACCGACGCCUACGCGGUGGCGAAAUACGGCGACAAGUGGGUCCGCACUCGAGCAGUUUCCGAUAGUUUGAACCCGAGAUGGAACGAGCAGUACACGUGGCGGGUCUACGAUCCGUCCACGGUGUUGACCGUCGGAGUGUUUGAUAGUUGGGAAGUAUUCGAAUCGGACGGCUCUCAUAAGCCCGAUUUUCGAAUAGGAAAAGUGCGUAUUAGGAUAUCGACUUUGACUACCGGUAAAGUGUACAAAAGUGUGUUCCCGUUGAUCUUGUUGUCCCAAACCGGUUUGAAGAAAAUGGGUGAGAUUGAAUUGGCUGUUCGGUUCGCACGUGCGACCCCGACGCUCGAUUUCUUGCACGUGUAUUCGCAGCCCUUGUUGCCUAUGAUGCACCAUUUGAAGCCACUAGGGAUGGUUCAACAAGAGGCUCUGAGGGCGGUUGCCGUAAAGACGGUGGCGGCCCACCUGUCCCGGUCGGAGCCGCCGCUCCGCCGCGAGGUGGUGGCCCACAUGCUGGACGCGGACUCCCACGCGUUCAGCAUGCGCAAGGUCCGUGCCAACUGGAUGAGAAUAAUCAACGUUAUUUCAACCGUGAUCGACGUGUUCAAGUGGGCGGACGACACACGCUCCUGGAGGAACCCGACGGCCACAAUCCUCGCGCACGCCCUGCUGGCGACACUCGUGUGGGUCCCGGACCUGAUCGUCCCCACACUCGCGCUCUACGCGUUCGCUAUCGGAGCCUGGAACUACAGGCUCCGACCCCGGACCCCACUACCCCAUUUCGACACGAAAAUGUCUCUGGCGGAGUCCGUUGACCGUGAUGAACUGGACGAAGAGUUCGAUUCCAUGCCGUGCGCUGGGCCCAACGAGACGGUGCGGGCCCGGUACGAUAAGCUACGGGUUUUGGGGGCCCGUGUGCAGGCGGUGUUGGGGGAUUUCGCCACGCAAGGCGAGCGGAUGCAGGCGCUGGUGACGUGGCGGGACCCGCGUGCCACGGGGAUCUUUGUCGGUUUGUGCCUUGUGGUGGCUUUUGUGUUGUACUUGGUUCCGUCGAAGAUGGUGUCUGUGGCGUUGGGGUUCUAUUACUUGAGGCAUCCGAUAUUUAGGGAUCGGAUGCCGUCGCCGGCUCUCAACUUCUUCCGGAGGCUGCCUUCGCUUUCCGACAGAAUGAUGUAGCUCAAUAAUUAUGAAUGUUAUACAUAGUUAUAUACUUAUUAUUACAUAAAAUUUGUAUGCUCUUUAUUUAAGAAGCAAUGGUUUUAUAUAUAUGGAAAAAUUUCAAAGUGCCAA